AUGGACGUCGUUCCAUCUGAUGCCGCUAAGUGGGUGCAGGCGGCUUGCACUGUGAUAUACGCCUUCUUCUACUUCAUGACCAUCGGCGCCAUUUCUUUUGUGUUGCUUGGCGAAGUGUCGACCCCCCAGCUUCGAGCAAGAACAACGGCUCUGGCGACUGCCGUUCAAGCUGCCUUCGGCAUUUUCAUGAACGUCGUCAUUCCAUACAUGGUCAAUCCCGAUGAGGCGAACAUGAAGGGCAAGGUGGGUUUCGUCUUCGGGGGCUGCGCAGCCGUAGCGACAGCCAUGAGCUCGAUUUAUGUUCCCGAGCUCAAGGGACGCACAUUCGAAGAAAUUGACAUUAUGUUCGCCCGACGCGUGCCCCCGCGCCGCAUGGGCUCGUACGAGAUCCUGUCGUGA